AUGGGAGACAAUCGAAGGAACAAUGAUGCUGGUGCUCCGGACAAGACCACUGAGGUCAGGGAGAAGGUGGACCAGCUCAAGGGUAUCAUGCAGGAUAAUGUAAAGAAGAUCCUGGAGACCCACGUGACGCUGGAGUCAUUGGAGAACUCGAGCUCCUCUAUGAGCUCACAGGCCAACAAGUUCUUGAAGCAGAGCGUGGAUCUGCGACGCCAGAUCCAGUGCCGGAACCUCAAGAUCAAAGCCAUUUGCGGCACCUGCGUUGCGGCUCUAAUUCUGUACAUCGCCAUGCCCUUCAUCAGUUGA